UUUUGCCGUCGCCAAAGGCAGUUCGUGUUUGGUUCUCGUGCGCGCAAUGUAAUAAUUUUUUUCGAGUGUCUGCUCUGUUGCGUAUUUGUUUGUUGUGACCGAUUGUUUUGUUUUUUUUUUCUGUGAUUGUUUGUUGCUAUUGGAGUGUGUUGUUGACGGCAACGAAAUGUCUGUUAAUCAUGACUUCGAUCGCAAGUAUUUGCGCAGCAUUGAAGGCCUGUGUAAGAUCACCUGCCUGCUGUGCGCCUUCAUUGGAUUCCUGUGCAUUGCCUGCAGCUCGGUGAGGCUGAGUAAUUUUCGUGGCUGCUUCUAUAUGAUCGUUGCGGUGAUUGGCUUUGUGACGACGCUGGGGCUGUUUGUCUCACGUUACCUGCGCCUCGGCCAGGGCUGGCAACUCAACUCGACGCGCUGCUCACUCGGCGUGCACGCAACCCUCGCUCUCAGUCACUUUAUUGCCUCCGGUUUGGUGCUCUCACUCGACAUUGGCUCAUAUACAGCGGCAGCGUUCUUUGGCCUGACGAUAUUCAGCAUCAACGCCCUGGAGGCGUUUGGCAGUUAUCGACGCAGUCGUCAACGUGAUGUUUCCACUCAAACGGUCUAAGGAGCGCUAAAAUAUUAAUAUAAACUCUUGUCCUAAGCUAGUUACAAAUUGAGUGAGUGUAUGCUGUUGAGUGUGAAUGUGUUUACAUGUAUAGUAUGUGUAUUAGUCGGAAUAAAGUCUGAGUCUUUUGCUAGUUAAGCCAAAAAGUGACAAAACACCAUUCGAUGCUCGAUGUGUUGUUAUUGUCUGCAACUUAUCGGAACGGAACGAAGAUAUAUCUAUACCGAAGAGAAGGAAGCGAAGCACAAAGAAUUCGGUCAACAAAUGCGGGUUAUCGCUAUCUACGCAAGCAGACAAAGCAACAGCAGCAACAGCAACGGAUCGUUCUAUUGUUAUUAUCAUUAUUACUAUAUCACAAUAGAUAUUGUGUCGAGGUGUUAAGUAAUGCGAAAGAGCGAGAAAGGAAGAGAGUGAGAAGCGACGCAUCAACAACUUAACUGACUUCGGUUCAUUCGCACGUGAUGCCGUUAACUUUAAGCUAAGCUCACAACCAGAGAGAGAGAGCUGUUGAAGUGUCGUGGAGAGAUCAAGAACGUAAACAGAGCUUUUUAAGCGCAAAGCGCAUUAAUACAUAUGUAUGUGCACAAAUGUAAUUAUCUAUGUAGUUAUGUAUAUUUAAUAAUUAUAUCAUUUUUUAUUCCUA